AUGGCGACCGUCCCUCCCAUCUCUGUCAUGAGCUUUCAUCUCAAUCGUGCUUCUCUCUCUCACUCCACUGUGAAUCUCUCUCUUCCCUUCAUGCUCGAUGGCGACGGCGACGGUGGCGAGGCCCCCAGCCGGUGCCCAAGGCCAAUCGCAGCCCUUCCUAAUGAGUUCAACCCCAGUUAUCUAAAAAUAUAUUACAAUAAGCUGUUUCCUCAUGCUGAUUUAUAUAGAUGGAUGUCAUACGGCAACGAUGGGAAGCAUCCUGCUUGUGAUUCAUCUUACUUGGGACGAAGGAAAUUCUCGUACACCCUAGAUAACGAUAUAUUUGUGCGCUACAAUACCUUCAAUAGUGCCGCCGAACUUGAAAACUCCAUCAAAGACAAGUGCCCGUUAAAGAUAGAUAUUGGACCCAUCUACAACCUCAAUAUAAGAUAUGAAAGCUUGAAUGCUUCUGCUGGAGAUAAUGUUCUCACUCCGGUUGAGAGGGAGCUGAUUUUUGAUAUAGAUAUGUCAGAUUAUGAUGAUGUUAGAUACUGCUGCUCAGGUGCUGAUGUUUGUCUCAAUUGCUGGCCAUUAAUGAUUGUAGCUGUCAAAGUAAUAGAUACUUCCUUAAGAGAUGACUUUGGGUUUAGACAUAUUCUCUGGGUAUAUAGUGGUCGGCGUGGUGUACAUUGUUGGGUCUGUGAUAGAAAGGCAAGACGGUUGACUAAUGAGCAGAGAGCAGCAGUUGCGGACUAUUUUCGUGUCUACAAGGAAAAUGAAAAUAACUAUAAGAAGGUUUCCUUGAUGGGUCAAGUUCUGCAUCCCUUUCUGGCGAGAUCAUAUACUGAAGUUCUCAAGGAAUAUUUUGAGACAAAACUGCUUACAAGUCAAAAUUUACUUUCUAGCAAGGAGAGAUAUGAAAAGAUCCUAGAGAUGAUUCCUGAUCAAUCUAUUGCUUCUGAACUUCGAGGAAAGUGGCAAGAAAGUAGGCGGUCUUCUAGUGCAAAAGAAGACAUUAAUAUUGUUCAAUGGGAGCAGCUUAAACAGUUGCUGCAAAAACAUAAGGCACAAGGGGUGCGUAGGUGUGUUGAAGAGAUUGUGUUCACCUAUACAUAUCCUAGGCUUGAUAUGGAGGUUUCUAAACAUAUGAACCAUUUGCUCAAAGCACCCUUCUGUGUGCACCCAAAAAUAGGCCGUGUUUGUGUCCCCAUCAACCCAAAUAAUUGUGAAGAAUUUGAUCCCACGACGGUGCCAACCCUUAUCCAGCUUUUGGAAGAGCUGAAUAGGGAGGGCUUGAGGUCUGAUGUUGAAGGAGAAUGGAAUAAAACUUCACUUGCAAAUGCCAUCAAGCUCUUUAGGUCAUCCUUCCUCCAGCCAUUACUGAAAAUUUGCAAGGAGGAAUUGGAAAGCUCCUAUAAUGCGAAACUACAGCAGUCGAAGAAUCUGCUUAGUUGGUAGUCUCACUUCCAUGAUUGGUCGUGUUCCUUUUGGAAGCCCAUUUGAAUUUAAAUGGGGUCAACUCAUUCUUGAGAACAUGUAAACUAUAACACAAGCAUUGAUAAAUUAUGUAUAGUCGUUGAAUUUCGAUUUUAUUUUAGGCUUCAUCGGAUAGGAGUUAGUAUGGGAUUGUAUUUGGAUGCUUCAUCAUAUGGACUUAUGAAAGGGAAGGGAGAUUCUGGGUUUCAGGUCUAUGUAAUGUAAUGCAUAACUCAAUUACAAGUUAUAACACGGAUGCGUGCAUGAGCUACUAGUUCCAUUUACAAGUUAUAACUUAUAACACAGAUGCUUACAUGAA